GGUGCGUUUACGCGCGACUGACGUGUCUCGGUGCGACGUCGGGAAUCUCGCGAAAAAGGGAGAAACGAUCCGCCGUCGGGUGCUGCCCGGACCCCACGACCCGCGCCGCGAAAGGAGAGAGAGAGUUCCCGGAAGCGGACGAUAAGCGGAGAUCUGCGGGAGUGCGCGAGUGCGGGUAGCGGAGCAAGUCGCUCGCGGACGCGAGUGCUGCUCCGGAGGGGCAAUCAAUUUCCACGUAGCUGCUGCGUGCGUUUACGGUGUUUGUACGUGCGUGCGCGCGCGAGCGAGCCGAACGUCGCCGGAGACCGCGGCAGACUUCGGAGGUGGCGGAGCGUCCCGAGGAAUCACCGUGACGACAGGAAGAACCGUCCACUGGCAGCUGCUGUCACCGAGAGACGGGCGUCGUGACGGCGGCAGCGAGGCGACGUAAACGGGACAGCCCGCGGGGAGAGGGCACGCCGAGCGCGCGUAUGCUGCAAAAUCUCGAGAGGACUUGGCGAAUGGGGCCACGGCAGGUUGACGUAUGAAUGGUGCCGGGGUCACAGGGACGCACGCCACGUACGUGAAUCCACUUGACAAGAUGUCAACGACCACCACCGGCGUCAGCGACUUGGUCGCGGAUCUCCCCAAGGAGGGGACGCCGAUCUUCCUGCAGACCCGCGCGGCUCAGGUCAUCGCCGGUGUGUUCGUGUCCGUGGCGCUUUUCCUCACCUGCCAACAGAUCUAUCAGCACCUGAGGUGGUACACGAAUCCCACGGAGCAGAGAUGGAUAGUGCGGAUCCUGUUUAUCGUGCCCAUCUACGCCAUCUACUCCUGGAUCUCGCUGCUGUUCUUCAACAGCGAGAGCUACUACGUUUACUUCUUUACGGUGCGGGACUGUUACGAGGCGUUUGUUAUAUAUAACUUUCUGUCGCUGUGCUACGAGUACCUAGGCGGUGAGGGUAACAUCAUGUCCGAGAUCAGGGGCAAGCCGAUACGCUCCAGCUGCCUGUACGGCACCUGCUGCCUGGUCGGCAAGACCUACACCAUCGGCUUCCUGCGAUUCUGCAAGCAGGCCACCUUGCAGUUCUGCCUGGUUAAACCGGUGAUGGCGUUCGUCAUCAUAUUUCUGCAAGCCUUCGGCCACUACAGAGACGGCGAUUGGUCACCGGACGGCGGCUACAUUUACAUUACGAUCAUUUACAAUAUUAGUGUCUCGCUUGCGCUUUACGGGCUGUUUCUGUUUUACUUCGCCACGAGAGAUCUGCUGACGCCGUUUGAGCCCGUGCUCAAGUUUUGUACAGUGAAGAGCGUCAUCUUUCUGUCGUUCUGGCAAGGGGUUCUGCUGGCCAUCCUGGAGAAGGCGAAUGUCAUUUCGCCCGUUAUAAACAGCCUGGGCCAAUCGACGAGCGCCGGCACGGUCUCCGCCGGCUACCAAAAUUUCCUCAUUUGCAUCGAGAUGUUGUUCGCCGCUAUAGCUUUACGUUACGCGUUCCCGUACCAAGUAUACGCAGCUGGCUGUGUUACUGACUCCAGAGGUAGAAGUGUGACGAUGCAAAGUAUCAGCAGCAGCCUGAAGGAAACGAUGAAUCCAAAAGACAUUAUGACCGAUGCCAUCCAUAAUUUCCAUCCACAGUACCAGCAGUACACGCAGUAUAGCGCAGGGGGCCCGAAGGGACAACGUGGUAUGCGAGUGUCCAGCUACGAUCCGGAUGAUCCGCAAAACAUGCCGGUACCACCACCGCAAAGGCGAAACACCUCUCACCAGCGCGUCGCCACGAUUUCGCAAAAUUAUAACGAGAAAACGAUGUUACUCAGCAGCGACGAUGAAUUUCAAUAAGGCGCACGGACGCGCGUCGAGGAAAACGUGAUCCACGCUCGGGAAUCGUGUCGACAAACGUUACGUUACAACGCGAGACUUCCAUGAACCUCUAGAGAUCUGCUUUCGAGGGGGGAGGGGAGGGAAGAUGCGAAGAGAAAAGCGAUAUAUUAUUAAGCGACUCGCGCGAAGUUUAAUUAGAAGUAAGAACGUUCACGCGGACCUUAAAUAAGGGGGAGGGGGGGAAGAAUAUUGCGCGGGGCAUAAGAGUGCGUUGCGUUUCACUGUAAUAGUUCCAUAAUGUUACAUCCAUGUUAAUAUAUGUAUUAUGUUAUAACAUACGAGUAAAGAAAUAGUAUAGAAGAUAUUUAUUUUACUAUGCUGGCGUGUUUUUGAAGGCAGUGUUAUCUGUACACCCGUGGCUCUACUACGACACUGCAAGAGGUAUUACCCGCACGACUAAUGCUUACUCUUCGUGGAUAAGUAUAAUUGUAUAGUACUUAAUUUCACACACCCGCGCGCGCGCGCUACCGCGUCACCGCGGAGCAACAGUUCGUACACGGGCGACGAUACUUGUUUACACUUUUGUAUCCGUUUUUCAUUUACACCGUUGCAUUUAACAGACUUGACUUUUGCAAUCUCGCAUACCGUACUCGUAAGGAAGCCACUCGCGGAGCCACAGGGAUACUUGCGUCCUUCUCUACGAGUCCUACCGCAAAGCUGUUCGUUCUCUUUGGUCUCUCGCGAAAGGCAAAAAUUCGCGCACGUGUACAUACCACCGUGGCUAGAUUAGAUCUGAAAAUGCGAAGAGGUUGACGAGAGCUUUCCUCUUCGGCGGGAGCCUUUCGAUAUGAAAAAUAUAUUAAAGAAAAAAAAAAGAAACGGAAGAGAGGAAGAGGAUAAAAUACUAUAUAUAAUUGUGUGCGCGAGAAGAGGACGAUCGAUCAGCAUCGUGUCAGAUAAUGAAUAAACAUUUGGUAUUCGGUGUCUUAUGUGUACAACUGUGUAUAAUCCUUAUAUUUUUUUUAAGAAAAGCAUAAGAGCCGAUCGGAGCUGAACAAAGAUCUAUUUUAUAUGACAACACGUUGUGCCGAAAUCUUUCGUCGCCGUUUAAGAACGAGGUGAGCGUGCAAAUCUGUGAACAAAUUUAUUGUCCUAUUACAUCUCGUAAUAAAGAUAAGACACAACUA